AUGUAUGUGUUGGGGCUGUACACAGAGCUAGGCUUGCGUCACCUCAAGGGAGCAACAUGUGGACUUUGUCUACUGUUGUUCCUGGGGGCAGCUAGAGGUCAGGACGACCACCAUGUACUUCGACUACACAAUGACCUCAUCAGAAACAACAACCCCAAUGUCAGACCAGUCAAGAACAGCAGUGACACAAUCACGGUCUCACUGGAACUUCAUCUUGUCAGCAUGUCCGAUUUUGGUGAAGUCACUCAGCGAGUGACAGCCACAGUUUUUUUCUUCGUGACCUGGAAAGAUGAGUUUCUAACCUGGAACGCCAGUGAGUAUGGGCGAGUCAGUGAAAUUUGUCCUGACUAUGGGAAGAUUUGGAGACCUUACAUCACUAUUCGCAACGUGGUGGAUCGUAUUCCGCCUCUGAGACUCGACUUUGGGAUCAUGAAAGUGACCGCCCAAGGAAUUGUGACUUGGUCACCUGGCGAUAUCUUCAAAACUUUCUGCCAGAUGGAUGUUACCAACUUUCCUUUGGAUGAACAGGAGAGUACAUAUAUCAUGUUUGAGUGGGGAAGUUAUCCGAAAGAAGUAGAUUUAAAACCCUCUAGAAACUAUAUAGGAUUAUAUUUGUUUAACUCUAACAGCCAGUGGGAUAUAGUUAACUCAUCAUUUCAGAAAGUUGUCUUUCACAUCACCGACACACCUUUUUGCUUUGUAUACUUUAACAUGACCCUGAAGAGAAAGCCAUCUUUGGCGAUACUGACAACUAUCCUGCUUGUCCUGGUGCUGGGAUUAGUGAAUGUGGUGGUGUUCCUCAUUCCUGUGGAGUCUGGCGAGAAGCUGUCCUUUGCCAACAGUGUGUUGCUGUCUUUCACUGUAUCCCUGUCCUUCGUCACUGGACUGCUGCCACAGAACGCUGACAGUAUACCUGUGUUUACUUUGUUCAUUGUUGGUCUGUUUGUGAUGAGCUCUAUCUACGUGUUCCUGACCAUCUGGAUCAUGCACGUGUUCCAUCGCGACGCCGCCAUCAAGCCUGUUCUCACGUGGAUGGGACGUAUGACAAGGUCCUGGGGAGAGAUGCUUCUGUGGCACUCCUCCUGUGGGAACCCAGGAGACCUCGACUCAGGAAAGGAUGUCGAAGGAAACAUCGGAACCCUCAUCAAUUACAUGGAUGCAGGUCAGCAGAAUGGCUGA